CCUUGAUAAACGUAACCAGUCAAGUUCCUUGCUGAUUUCUCAAAACAAAAAAAAAAUUGCUGCUAAAGUGCUAUCAUAUCCUAGCCCGGUCCUCUCUCUCAAUUUAUUAUCAAGAUCUACGUCUUUCCUGUAGAAAAAGAAACCAUGAUCAGAAGGCAAGAAUCACCGGUACCCUCAACUACCCUGUUUUCUGUGCUAAUCUUUAUACUCUCAACUGAAGUUGAAGCAAGAUUCAUCCCACAUGGUUGCUCCCGUUCUUCAUGUGGAGACAUCGAAAUCAUCGACUACCCCUUUCGCCUAAAGACCGAUCCACCUGGCUGUGGUGAAACAGUUUUUCAACUUUCUUGCGAGAACAACAAGACCAUAUUAGAAUUCCACUCAGGGAAGUAUUAUGUUAAGCAAAUUUCCUACGAUGAUAAUAGACUCCGCGUUGUUGAUUUUAACUUAGCUAGUGGUAGCUGCAGCCUUCCUUACAAAUCAGUGUCGGUUGAUGAGGUUAGAGAUGAUCAUCACUAUAGAUUAGUCUCUAACACUUAUACAAGUUUUAUCAAGUGUUCAAAUAAUUUGAGUGAUCAAGCUUAUAGACUACUUCCUUGUUUGAGUGGAAACGGGUCUAGUUUUUAUGUUAGUUAUGAUAACUACAUAAUUUCUAAUCUCCAAGGACCUUGCUCGUUCAUUUCAAGAGUUCCUACAGUUUAUCAGACUGUCUUGUUUCCUUCCUUCGACAGUAUCUUGCAAUUGAUGCAAACAGGGUUUGAUCUUGAAUGGUCUAUUGAGUGCUGGGAUUCAUCAUUUAGCUAUGAUUGUUACAAAUCAGGUAAUUAUCAUCCCCCUUGGUUUGCAGCUUUCUCGAUGACUUGGAAUGUUUUGUCAGCAAUAUAUUUAGUUGGAAGAUUCAUCAUCGCUCCGAUAGGUAUAUUUGGAUUCCUUAUCCACAAGUAUAUGACAACAAAGAAGGCGAUUGACAACGAGCAGAGAUUUCUGCGCCGUCAGCAACACUCGAUGCCAAGGAGGUACUCUUACUCUGACAUUAUUGCAAUUACAAACAACUUCGAAAAUAAAUUAGGCCAAGGUGGAUUUGGGACUGUAUAUAAAGGACAACUUCGUGAUGGGUUUUCAGUUGCUGUUAAAAUGCUUGACAAUCCCAAAUGCAACGAUGAAGACUUCAUUAAUGAAGUCUCCAUAAUUGGUAGAAUUCAUCAAGUCAAUAUAGUAUGGCUGAUGGGAUUUUGUUCUGAGGGGUGUCACCGAGCUCUAGUCUUUGAAUACAUGGCUAAUGGAUCUCUUGAUAAGCUUUUAUUUUCGAGAGAAGCCGAACGUCAUCUAGUUGGCUGGGAGAAACUCCUUCAAAUAGCCUUAGGGACAGCUAGAGGGAUUGAGCAUCUUCAUGGGGGAUGCAAUGUAUGUAUUCUUCAUUCAGAUAUUAAGCCUCAGAAUGUCCUGCUAGAUAAUAAUUUCAUCCCAAAAGUUUCAGAUUUUGGCCUCUCAAAAUUUUAUCCCGAGGAAAAGGAUUUUGUGUCCAUUAGUACUACCAGAGGAACUAUAGGGUACAUUGCUCCUGAAAUGAUUUCGAGGAACCUUGGAGCUGUUUCUUGCAAAUCAGAUGUUUAUAGUUUUGGGAUGUUAUUAUUGGAAAUGGCUGGAAGAAGGAACUCUAAUUCAAAGGGAAAUUGUUCAAGUGAACUAUAUUUCCUGUCAUGGGUUUAUGACCAUCUGAUUGAGAGGGCAGAUUUACAGCUUGAAAAUGUUACUGAAAUUGAGGCUGCUAUACCAAGAAAGCUUUGUUUGGUUGGGUUGUGGUGCAUCCAAAAGGCAGCAUCAGAUCGUCCAUCAAUGACCAAAGUUGUGGAAAUGCUUGAAGCCAAUGUCGAUGAUCUGCAAUUACCUCCCAAUGCCUUAUCAUUUCCUCAAUCUAUUUCCAAAGAACCUCAAUCAGAUUCUUCAACAGAAUUGCUAAUAUCUGACACAGUGGAACAAAGCUUGUAGAUUGACAUUGAUUACAAGAAAAAUAAAAUUACAGGAAGAAAAGAAAGAAAUUGACAGAAGUUCUGAUGUCGAAACGGUCUGCAGUGAAAAUAGCUCAGCUUAUGUGUUAGACUGUUUCUUUGUAUAGUUGCAGUAGUUACAUGUCACAGACUCUCUGCCCAGUACUCAAUAUGUUAACACCGAGCUUUAGUGAGGUAGAGUAGAGUUCAGGAAAUUGUUAUAUGAUCGUAGAAAACAGAUGCAUAUGUUAUGGCUUAAUUCUGAAAAACAAAAAACAGGCUAGUAUUCGGAUUAA